GCAUUGAAGUAAAGAUUAACAACAAUAAUGAUGUGCUUCACUUAAUGUAUUUUGCAAAUUACGGUGCAUCGUAUUUUACUGAUUUAGUUGUUUGCAGCUAGGGGGCGUGGUGAGAGAAGCACGCUCUUGGAGUGUAGGCGGGGUUCAAAUGAAAGCACCACCCAGGAGGCGGGGUAACCGGCUAAAUGGGAGGGGCUUACUAGAUUUUGAAAUAUGAGGACUAUGAACCGCAGUCGCUCAUAAGGUAAGGUUCGGAUAAGAAAAAAAAAGAUUUGUUUUUAAAACCGGCUGAUGCAGAUAGUGUUAGAAAUGUACAAGAAUAAAUUAAAAACAGCAUGCACUGGAAAAAAAUAAUAAUAAUAAGGCUCUUUUAGAUGGUUGCCUAAACAGUUCACCCGGUAUGUAACAGGAACCGGUGUAUGUUUAUACAAAUACAGUACUGUCCAGAAAUAGGGUCAAGAAAUAGAAACAUUGUUUUUUGGAGAGCGGUUGAUAAACUGUAUAUUUUUUUGUUCAUCACUCUAUCAUUACAAUCAGGAUUUUUCGUUUCCUGGAAAGAUCCCCCACGCGUUUUCGGGGUCAUCGAGCUCGCGCGAGCUCGCGGAUAAUCCCGGAUUGAGCGAGGUUGUGCGACCUUAGGUGGGCGCUUCUUCUACUCCUCCUCCUCCUCCCCCUUCUUCUCCUAUUCACAUCUCUGCUGCUGAAGGUGAAGCCUCGCAGGAGGAGCAUCUCCAUACAAACGGGCGCGCGCACGCACGCACGCACGCGCAUUUAUAUACACACGCAUGUGUACAACCAGCGCACGCACCGAUUAUAGGGGCUGAACUGGGAAACACGGCGGUGAGCUGCACAGGUGCUGUUUGUUUGCUCCCAGGCGUGGACAAGCAGCUGUAGCGUUUUCACACGCGCUGUGUUUAAAGCGAAACCAAACCGGGACAGGACAGUAGACUGGAUAUAACCUUACCUAAAGGGAGUAUAUAGUGCUGAGGUGUAAACUGUGGACAUAGAACACACACACACACGCACGCACACACGCGCGCGCGGAUAUUAUAGACCAGGAGCGACAUUUUCCGCCUGGAAGACUGAAAUCUCGGUGGAGGAAAUAUUGCAGUUGAAGGAGAAGGAAGUUUGAGUGGAGCAGCACUGGGACACGUUCAUUCUCCGGCGAUGGAGAUCAAAUUGCUGAUUGUAGCCUUUGUCCUUUUCGCAGGCACAAGUACAGCCCAGAGGCAAGUGUCGGUGCAGCCCGGGCCUCUGGUGCGAACCGAGGGUUCCCACGUGACCAUCUGGUGUAACGUGACUGGCUACAGAGAGGGAGUGGAGCAGGACUUUGAGUGGUCGAUGUACCUCGAUACAGCUCCUGAUCGAGAGAUCCGCAUCGUUAGCACAGCCCAGGCCAACUACGCCUACGCCGUCUAUGCCCAGCGCGUCAACGCCAAAGAGAUCUACGUAGAGAGACUGAGUGGAGACUCCGCCCUUCUGCACAUCACCAAGCUGCAGGCCAAGGACCAGGGCAUAUUUGAGUGCUACACACCUAACACAGACGGCCAGUACCUCGGCACUUACAGCGCUCGAACCAACCUUACUGUUAUUCCAGACACGCUGUCCGUGACAUCUGCCACUCAGACCCUGUCUAAAGUGGAGGGUGACACACUACUGCUGAACUGCGAGGUGACACGCCAGACAUCUCAGCACACACACGUUGCGGUCGGCUGGUACGUGCGCUCCCCGGAUGAGCCGUCUGCUCCAGCGAGGGACCUUGUCACCCUGACACGGGACAUGGUUCUGAGGCCUGGGACGUCUUACCGCCAGCGUCUGUCCUCUGGAGAUGUGCGGCUGGACAAGACAAGCAGCACAUCCUACCGCCUCACCAUCUACAGCCUACAGCCUACAGAUCAGGGCCAAUACUACUGCGAGGCAUCGGAGUGGAUCCAGGACCCUGAUCGUUCUUGGUACGCCAUGACACGCAAGCAGUCUGACAAGACUGUGGUCAAAGUUCAGCCCACAGAUCGGGACUUUAGUAUCCAAGUGACAACAGAUCGCCGGGCCUACACGGCAGGUGAGCCGCUGGAGCUCCGCUGCACCAUAGAUGCUCAAAAUGUUGCUGAGCGUUUUUUCUCGGUGUCGUGGGUCUUCAGCAGCUCGUCUAUAGCCGUGGUGGGGCCCAGCGCUGUGCCCGUGCUGGGGGCAAACUAUGUGCAGCGUGAGGCCGCCGGCCUAAUGACCAUUCGUAAGGAGAGUCCAUCCGUCCACCUACUCAAACUGCAGCACCUGCUUCCCGAGGACUCCGGGAAAUAUAUCUGCCGAGUGACUGAGCGGGAGAAGACGCCCACCGGAGAGUACAUCGAUCGAAGCAAGCGCUCCCGUAAUGUUCAGAUCACCGUGACUCCCCUGAGCAGUAACAUUACUGUGUCAUUGACCAGCAACUCAUCCGAGGUGUUGGAGGGAGAGCACAUCCACCUGACCUGCUCGGUGCAUUCCACAGUCGGAGUUCUGUCCAUCGUCUGGCAGUGGACAGACAAUGAUGGCAGCACUCCUGCAGUUGACCUGGCUUUAGUGGACCGCUAUGGCACCAUGCAGCCUGGAUCCAGUUACCAGGAGCGGCACAGCUAUGGGGAGGUCCAUGCGGAACGGACCCGAAUGGACACCUUCGUCCUCACCCUGUCCAAUGCCUUCCCUGCAGACGAGGGGCAGUACCGCUGCAGUAUAACCGAGUGGCUUCAAAGUGGCACUGCGCCAGAUUGGGAAUGGCAGACGAUCGGAGAGAACACAGCUACUACUGCCAUCACGGUGAAAUCUGUCGAGUCCUCCUUCUUCGUGUCAGCCUCGUCCCGUACGCCCAGCGUGACCUUUGGUGACUCAUUUGACCUGCAGUGCAUCGUGAAAUCCCGCCACAGCCCUAGCAUCCCUGCCUCAGUGACAUGGCGAUUCCAACCGUCGGAGGGUGGCAGCGAGCUGCGAGACGUGGUGACGUUCACGCAUCACGGCACACUGCAGUGGGGUGAGCAGACCCUGGGCCUCGGUACACGCACCUCAGUGGACCGCACACGCAACAACACUAACUUCCGCCUCAGCGUCACACGAGCCGGGAGAAAAGAGUCGGGGACGUACCAGUGCGCUGCCGUCCUGUACCGCAGAAAUUACGACGGCACCUGGAAGGUCAUCGCUAACCGCACAUCGAAUCUGCUGGGCAUCAGCGUACUGCAGCCAGUGAGCAAGUUACGCAUGCACAAGGUCAACCAGAGCCUGCAGUUUGUCGAAGACAGUCGCGUGCGCCUCAACUGCUCCAUCGCAUCCCAGACGAGUGCGGAGUCCCAGCAUUCCGUGCUGUGGUAUGCACGAAAGGGUGCGGCAACCGAGCCUGAUGAGCUUCUGUUGAAAAUUGAGCGCACCGGGGCGUUUGAAUAUGGGGUGUACGCUGAGGAGGAGCGCCUGCGCAGUCGCGUGCAGUGCGAACGCCUCUCGCCCAGCCUCUAUGGCCUCACACUGCACCGUGCAGAGACCAGCGACUCUGGAACCUACUACUGCCUCGUGGAGGAGUGGCUCAUGGAUCCCGAUGGAGCGUGGUACCGCCUGGCUCGCGACUCCUCUGGAUUCACACAUGUAUUGAUCAAGCAGCCAGCCGUUAAAUUACAGGUGGAGGAGAAUGAGUCGAACAUCACAGUGUCUGAAUAUGAAUCAGUCCGGUUGGGCUGCAGCAUAUCGUCUCAGUCCUCCAAAGACUCUCGCUUCUCUGUGUCAUGGUACAUGUCCCACUCUGAGAGAGAAGGCGAACGGGAGUGUGUGUUUUCUAUCGGCCAUGACUCUGUGUUUGGCAAUGGAAACUGUAGUCCGAUGGAGGAGCCAGGCCACAACUCUCGACUGCAGUUUGAGCGCACCUUAGAUGUCUACAGCCUGACCAUUCAACGGGCACGUCCAGCAGAUGCAGGCAAAUAUUACUGUCAUGUAGAGGAGUGGCUCCUGAACCCACGCAAUUCCUGGUAUCGCCUCACCACAAAGAACUCUGGAGCUACCAUCGUUAAUGUCCUCGAGAAAGUCUCGACACUGCAGUCAGUGGUGUGUUCAAACAACUCCCUGUUCUAUUUCGUUUUCUUCUACCCCUUCCCCAUCUUCGGCAUCCUGCUCAUCGCUGUUCUGCUGGUGCGCUACAAGAGCCGGAGUUCGAACAAGAAUCAGGAAGGCAAAAACGGUGCACCGUUGCUCUGGAUCAAAGAGCCCCACUUGAGUUACUCACCCACCUGCCUGGACCCCCCUGCGCUCAGCCUCCACCCAGGCUCUGUGGAGUAAAAGGGGCAGAAAGAAUGCCCUCUCUUUACUCAUCCUCUCACACUCUCUUUCUCAGUUUUUUUGCUAUCUCUCCUGUUCCUCAGGAGCACUGUGGGCUCCUGAUUCAGCCCCGUAAAUCCAUCCAUACGGCUGACUGAACCCCUACUCAGUUGACAUGGUCAUGGCUGCAGUGGCUACCAGAGGAAAAGCCUAGGCGUUUGGUUUGGUUGUAUCAAGGUUUUUUGGUUUUUUUUGUAUCAUAAUUUACACCCCUCUAUCUGGACUUCAUAUUGUUACAUCGCCCUCUCCUAAGCAGAAGUGCCUGUGUGUCUCAAAGCUUUUAGGUUUUCUUCAGACACACAUGGUCUGUGGUGGCCUGGUCUCCAAUUGGGAUGAAGAAACAUCUUCUGUAAAGGAUUACAUGUGAUUUUAUUCCGUCUUAUGAAUGCAUAGAAUGAACACCCCACACACACACCCACACACACACACACACACACAUUUAUGAAGGCUGGUGCUCACUUCUUCAUAAGUAUUAAUGGUUUGUUCACCUGUUCUAAUUUUAGUAGACUGGCUUCUCAAAAAAAAAAAACACUAGCCUGUAAACAUUUUCAAGCAGGAAUGGUGCACGGGCAGGAAAGUGUGAUUCCACCAUGUGAUAAAAUCUUGAAAAGGAAGGCAGUGAUCUUGCAUUCAGACCCUGUCUCUGUUUGAACUGAUAAAACAGAGGGGAGAGAGAGAGAGAUGUUCCCUCCGACUGAGUCUCAAAAUGCUGUAUUUUGUAUCAAACUCAUCCUCACUGCCAAAGACCCACUAACACUUGGCUGAUUCUCCGUGCUGAAGACGAACCAACCUGUCCGUGCGCACAAACCAUAGUGACUUGACUCUAGUGUCCAUUAUUCUCAUUUGUCUACAUGAGAAUAUAAGAAAGGAGGAUUCUACACAAUGAGACCAUCAACUUCCUGCUCUGACCUGUAGUUUCAUCACUAGUGUUCAGGAGUGGUGUGGUUUUUUGCUUCGUUGAGCAUUGUGCUUUGUUUUUUUUUUUAAAUAUAUAUAUAUUUUCACUCUGAAGUAAAAUGACUCCUGACUGCUGGCCUCUGAGGUGUCUAAGCGAUGUGUGUGCUGUAAGAAACAUCGCAGUGCUUCACCUCUUACUGUGAAUACUUCACCCAUAAACCCUGUAGUGCUAGGCUAAGUCAAGGCAAGGACAAGGUCCUGAUGGAGUCCAGGUAAGGCGUGGAACUUGAACAUAACGAGACGGUUCCUCCCCAUGUACCCCUGGUUUUUAAGCUGCCUAUUGUAGACAAAGUGACUUUUUUUAAAGGAGAGCUUGGUAAGACAUUUCAAAUACACGGGACAAUCCUAGUGCUAAGACCUUUUCAUUGUUUUGUCUGUGCCCUGUAAACUGGUCCAGAAGGAGAGUGAAGCCUCCAGGCUUCAAGAUACUAUGUAAAUAUGGCUUCCCAGCUUAGUCUAGAGGCUUAUGGAACAUGUAGAUUUAAAUAGCUGCUCUUACUGCUGAGACUUUGAUUCUUCGGUAAAUAUUUAUCAAAACUUAACAUAAAACUCCAAGAUAAAAAUAAAAAUCACCCCCUCCAAUGACAGGAAUUUUCCAUUUGCUUUAUCACUUCAUACAACUCCUAAAGGUUCUUUUUUUUUUUUUUUUUUUUUUAAAUAAUGAAUAACUCUUUUAAAGGGACGUUUCCUUAAACAUUUUCUUCUGUUGUGCUGGAAGUGUUUUUGAUAUUCUUAAGUGCAGUGCAUAACUACAGAGGAAGCAUUAAUAUACCUCCCUUGGGCAUGCUGCUUUGCUUAUUAGGGUUCACAAGGCAUCGAUGAAUUAUGCCAUUUCUUGCCAAACCAGUGAAAUUAAUUAUACACCACCACACUGCACUUCUUCUGUUAGGUCAAGGUUUGUUUAAGCCUAUUUUGAAAGCAAAUUCAGAAUAAUCUAAAGCUAAAAGCAUGUGGGAGGUAUAUUUUGUGCCCUAUAUGCCCUUGGAGUUCACAUUAAAAAUGUAUUACCUUCUUCUGUAAUCACAGCAAACGAGUCUACAUGUGCAGGCAGAAUGUGCCUUUUAUCUCUUACGAUGUUUAAUUCACCCUGAAAUAAUAUUUGCUACUAACAGAGAUGUAGCCAAAGAAGUGGCACAAAUAUAGGAGCAGCUCAUGUCCUUCCAAAUGAUCAGGUAGUUCCUUUAAACAACACUAUAAGCAUACCUAUAUUUGCAAAUUGUGACUACUGUUGUGGUUCAAGCUUUAGUCCUGGAGCUUUAGCUAACUAGCAUGCUAACCAUGUAACGUUAGCUAGCUGUUAGGCUAGACCACCUUUCAAUUCUUCUUAAUAUUUUUUUUACUGUACAAUCAAAUCUAUAGCUGUGAUCUGGAGAACAAUACAGUGAUUAUUUGUAAAAAGAUGUUCCUUUUGCUUUUCUUCUGUGUAAAAUUUUUCCUCCCUUGUGCUCGUUUCCCGAAAUCAUCUGGAGCUGUUCCCAGUUACGACACUGCCACAGUUUUGAAAAGGAAGCACUUUGUCAAUGUAUUACAGAUUGAAAUGUGAUUGCUUCAACAAUGAGACGCACGUUUAGUUUAAACCCUAUGUAUGGUAUAAACCCUAAAGUUGUUGUUGAUUUUUUUUUUGUUUUAGGUUUUUUUGUGUGUGUGUUUUUAGUCACAUCCUUUAAAAAGGUCUAAAACCUCUGCCCAUGUAGUGCCACACAGCAUGUGUUAUCUGUUGAGAGCAAGAUGCAGUUCAGCAAGUUCAUGUCCCUCUCAAAACAAGGGAAAAUAUAAUUCAGUAAAAAAAAAUGCAGUGCUACAUUUCAAUCAUCUUCUCUGGCCUACAGUCACUCAUGUGAUUAGUAAAACCGUCUCACCGUCUGCCGAACGAUCUGCACUGUAAAUCCACACAAGAACCUGAGGUGAAAUAUCAGUGGGUGUUUUGGUUAAUUUAUUGAACUGUACUGUAAAACCAUUAGUUUAGAUAGUGUGAACUUCAACGGUUUGCAUAGAUAGCUCUUUCUCACGUGGACUUUUGGAUAAUAAAGCCACUGUUUGCCGUGGCAGAGGGUAUUAUGGGAGGUGCUUUUGCGAGUGGCACAGACGGUGUGGGCUGCGAGAUCAGUCACACGAAGCUGUCAGCUCAUUUUAUUUCUCUUUUUAAAUCGUGUCAAAGUGUAUAGUGCAUGAUGGAAGAGGAGACAUUUUGAUGUUUUGAACUCUUGCGCAGUGUAUUUCGUGACAUCACGCCAGUCCGGCGCCACCCUCUCCAUCUCCUGCAUGUUGUAGGAGCGUUACAAAUUACUGAAGGUCCUGGAGGCCUGGAGACUUUUCAACCCGUUUGGAGCUCAUUGGUCCUCAGUAACCCGAGGGGAAAACUCGCCUGUAAUAAUUGAUCUUUUUUUUUGUUUGUUUUUUUUUCUUUCAAUGUCUAAAACAGUGCCAUGUUUACCUCAAGUUUCGCAGGCGAUACAGUAGAUGAUACACAAGUAACAGCUGCGGGUUUCUGCAGACAGUGUUUAUGCGCUCGAAUUUGCAGUAUAAUGAUAUUGCCUGUGUGGAUGUGUCUGGAUGUGUACUCGCCAUAGGCUGCUCUCGUCACAGGAGAUGGAGGUUGUGGCACUGCCGUGCGAUGUCGCAGCGCCGCCGCCAUUCGAGCUCUAGAGAUUUCCUCUAAAACUAGUGUUUUUGUAGUUCAGCGUAACUAGCGGACCCAUAACACCCUCACAGUGUUGUAGAUGUGUUCUGAGGGCUGCAUGUCAUGGCUGUGUACUGACUUCCAAAUUAGCUGUGGAAUUUGAAAUAAUACAUUGUGGUGAUGUGUUCAAUUCAGCCAGUGAUGCUUUUUCAAGUGCUGUGUUUUUAUUAUCAUUAUUAUUAUUAUUAUUAUUAUUAUUAUUAUUAUUAUUUUGUAAUUAUACAAAUAGUGCACUGAUGUUAAAAAAAAUCAUAGCCUUUUUAUGUUUUGUGUUUUGUUGUAAUGGGUUUUUUUUUGGUAGUUUAUAUAUAUAGAUAUAUAUAUAAAUAUAUUUUAUUGAACUGUAGCAGUCGCUAUCAUGAAAAAGCACUGUUCUGUCAGUUUACUGCAAUAAAAGCAUUCAGUGCACAGUGUUUUGAAA